CAGCUUUAAGUUUCACUUUUGAUUAUAGAGCUCAGUCGGUAGGAGCUGUAUUCACAGUCUGUGCUCUCAGUUCGUCUCUGCUCUGACAUUACGAUAUUUUAACUGGAAAAUAAAGCAGUAAGAAAAUAGAGAAGAGGUCAUGGCUGACAUGUACAAUAAUCGGGCGAUAAAUGACAAGAUGGACGGUGGUCUGGAGGCGGACCGUCUAUUGGAGGAGGCCAAGAGAGAGCUAAAGACAUGGAAGACAAAAGUAGAGAAAGCUGAUGAUGUGAAAUCCAGGCUCAUUGUACAAAAACUGGAAGAAGAUGAAACCAAGGAGAAGGCCAAGCAGGAGAUGUUGGCUUUGUUCGGAGAGCACGACAAGCGUCGCAAGGAAUUCAUUCAGAGCCAAAGCGCAGUACAGGAUGAAAUCUCCAAGUUUUCUAAGCGUAAACAGGAUUUGCUGGACAAACUGAGGACAUGUCAGGCUGAGUUGGAGGCCAAGAGGGCUGAGUCAACCAAACUGAAGCAGAAAUUCAAGAUCUAUGCCCAGAUUCCAGACACAGAGGUGAGGUUCACCACUGAGGACAAAGAGGAGAGUCAUAACAACAGUCAGCCAAUCAGAGGAGUGUUUACCAUCAGCCAGAGAGCCUCUGUGCUUCUGCAGGGAGGACAGGCACUGAUCACGUUUGAGGAGGAAAAAGUGGCCUCUCAGAUCCUGAAGAUUGCCAAGUGCUUGGUGUCCUGUGAGAACAUGAGUUUGGAUGUGAAACCAAAAAGAAUAACCAUGGAUCCUACUGUGAAGUUUGAGGUCCACCUUGAUGUUUCCAGAAAGGAGCUCAAUCUUUCCAACAUCCCCCCUUCCAUGCCAGAGGACAGAAUGAAGGACCGACUGGAGAUGAGUUUCUCCAGGCCCAGCAGGGGAGGAGGAGAAGUGGAGGGAGUGGAGUACGAUAAGAGGACUGGGACAGGACGCGUCACCUUUCUCCACCCUGGAGUUGCUGAGAGCCUGGCCCUGAGAGGGAGAUACCGUGUGGAUCUGGACUCUGAAGUAUACGUGCAGGUUGGACCCAUUUACAAACACCAGCUGCGCAAGUUUCAGACCUUCUGUGGCUCUCCGAAGAGAACCAUCCUCCUGGAUCACAUCAAGGACAUCAAGGACAUCAUGGAUGACGAGGACCUUCAGGACCAUCUGGAGAUCCACUUCCAGAAGCCCAGUAACUGUGGAGGUGAGAUAGAGAGCAUCAAGUACACCUCUGGGGGAACGGCUCUGCAGGCCUUUUUCUGUGAGGACAUGGAGGAGAGAGAUGACUGAGUUUAAUCAGCAGAAGCCAAACCUCCAACGUGUAAGAACGGACCUCCUAUGAUUGUUAGAAUCAGAAAGUCAGAUCUGUUGUAUGUUUCUGAUGAUGUCAGUGAAGCCUGUAUAUUCCUUUCCCAAAUUGAAGGGAGGCAUUUUGGAAAAUUAAUUUAUGUGAUAUUUCAUAUCACAUGAUGAGGGCUGUCUAGGUGGUGUUAAGUAGCAAAACAAUGGCCCAUAACAUGUAGCACACAGUUGCAGGUUUGUAGAGUGUCCUGACACAUAAAUAAAGAAUAAUUAGUAAUGUCACACCCUGAUUGUAUGUAGAUGUUUGGUUACACACACCACAAAAUGUCAAUGAUCUGAAAUCACAUAUAUCGUUCAGAUAUGGUGUGGUGGGUUACUUAAUAUUACCCAGUAUUUUUCAUGUUGGUUUUCUUCCCCCCAGUGUGUGCAGGAGAACAAGGUUUGAUUUGGAACGGCUUUUUGACAGUUAAUUUAGUUUGGGCAGACAGAGCCUACAAAUACAUCUAAUGAAUAUUAUAAUGGACAUGCACAUGAAGAUAUACACAUGUAUCAGGUGAAAGGACUGGUGGCUGUUUUUAUCUAUUUUUAUGUAAGGGAUCAUUAAACAGUGAGGGCUACUCUUUACCUGCAUAAUGCAUAAAACCUGUUAAAGCUGCAUUCAAACUGACUUCAGCACUGUGUGAAAAAAUACAGGCCCUGCACUGUUUUAACACAGCUGUUUUAUCACAGGGCUGUUUUAACACGGGACUGGUUUAUUGCAAGGCUGUUUUAACAUUGGGCUGUUUUAACACAGGGCUGUUUUCAGUCUGAAUCCCUGCUAACAAUUUUCUGUUCAGUUUCAAGUUGUGUUUGAAUUGCUGCUCUGAUUUUCUCUUCUACAUUGUGCUUAUUAAAAGAUGUGAAUCAGU